UUGGUCGAUUCUCUUAUGCGUUGUGUAUUAUGCGUUAUGCAGAAGUCUGUGCUCUGGCCCUUAACUUGACGGGUUGUAUUGGACUGUCUUAGAUGCUGAGAAAUUGUGGCAUCAUGUCAACCGUCGUACGAAUAGACGGCAGUUUAGGCGAAGGUGGUGGACAAGUACUAAGGACUGCAUUAACUUUGAGCACACUUUAUCGUAUCCCUAUUGAAAUAGAGAAUAUACGUGCUGGAAGGCUCAAGCCUGGUCUUGCUGCGCAACAUUUAAAAUGUGUAGAGCUUGCUAAAGAAAUGUGUAAUGCUGAGGUUAAAGGUGGAUGCAUGGGAUCCACAAGUUUGAAAUUUUAUCCUGGCCCACUGAACAAAUACAAGAAGCAAUUUAUAGCAGACACGCAUACUGCUGGAUGUAUUUGCUUAUUAGCUCAAGUAGCUCUGCCUUGUGCCCUCUUCUUACCAUGCAAUGAAGAAAUCACACUCUUUUUCAAAGGUGGCACGAACGUGCCUAUGGGACCACACAUAGAAUAUCUGCUCAAAGUAUUUCAACCAAUGCUGAAUAAAUUUGGAGCAAAAUUUCAAAGUAGCAUCGCAAGGAGGGGAUAUUAUCCGAAGGGCGGAGGCGAAGUACGUUUAGAUAUACAUCCAAUCCAUCACUUAAAUGCAGUUACUUUAAUUGAUCCGGGAGUUCCGCGACAAAUAAUAGGAUGGUCUUUUGCUGAUAUUAAUUAUAUAAAAGAGGCGUAUAAGAUGGCGAACGAUGCCAGAGCGACUCUAAGAGACACAUUAAUGAUUAAUAAGUUUGAAGUGCCACCAAUGGACAUCGAGAGUUACCCAGUAAAUAAAUUGAUAACUACAGGAAACGGAUCUGGCAUCAAUAUAGUGUGCAUCACCAGUACUGACUGCUUUUUCGGGGGUUCCGGCUUGGGUCGCGGACCUCGAGAUACAUCAUCACCAGGUAAAACGGCAGCUGAAGACAUUUUAAAGCCAAUACUAACUGGUGCUUGCGUCGAUGAGCAUAUGCAGGACCAAAUGAUCAUUUUAAUGACAUUAGCGGAAGGUGUCUCGAGGAUCAAAGUCGGCGAUAAACAGCUGACCAGUCAUACGCAGACCGCCAUGCAGGUAGCGGAAAUUAUGCUGGGCAAUCGUGGACUUCAUUUCAAUCUGUUGGAAAGCGCCGACAACAAGGGCACUUUAUCCUACGUUCUAGAGUGUCAAGGAUGUGGUUUGAUUAACAGCAAUUUAUCUAAAUAAACAUUGCAUAAAAUUUGCGUUCUAUCGUAACGCACGCGAUUUCUCAAUAAUUUCAACACAUAUGUCACAUCAGUAAUUCAAACAAUCAGUAAUUGUUGCUGUCGUAUUUACAGUCAGGAAAAAUCUGCAGUCUACAUCAGCGCGUAAUCGUCUAUUCAUGUUCUCGUGUAAACUUUCGAUAUUUAACUUUAGAAUUUCUAGUCACAAGAGCGCUGCGAGAAAUAAUGCAUAAUAAAAAAACUGAUGACAA